GUGGGUUCUAGGUCCGUGUGUAGCGGGACCGCCGCGAUCACUGUUUGCUCGCGUCUUGCCACCAGUGGAGUGUGGACUUGCUCUAUAGUCGCUGAUUCGAGAACGUUUGGAAAUGACUGCUCGCGUAUAAUUUUAAAAGACAUUUGUGAAAAACUUUUAGUGCAAGCCAUUACGUCGCAGCUCGGGCGCGUUUCAUACGACUACGCGAAUAUCAACAGCUGUUCUUCAGACCUGCUUUCCAAGCUUGGGCAAGAACCGUUUCGCCUUGAGGAACUGAUAGUCGACGAUGGGCAGAGACGAAGAAAUCACAUCUAUUAUCAUUCAGAGAAUGAUACAAAGAAGCAAUAACCUGAGAAGCAAUGCAGCAGCAAAUAGUGACAGAGAUGAAGAGAGGGCAGUGAUUUUAAAUGCUGUUGGUGCUAAUCAAAUCUGUUCAGAAGUUUCAGGUUCCCACACUUCUCAAAGAAUUAAUUAUGAAGACAAAAAUUUUCAUUGUGUCUUUCCAUGGAAUAGACUGUCUUUUUCAUUGACUGAGUAUAUCUCUCCUGUUGAGGAAGUUGAAAAGGAACGAUCUAGUAUUGUUAGUUUUCCAGUCCAUCAUGCUACACAGAAGACAUCACAAAAUUUUAAAGAAUCCAUCACUGAUUAUUCUCCAAGGAGUAAUGAAAGUAGUUUAGAAGAUCUUAACACUGAACACAAAUGUUCAAGGACAGAUUCUUCCAUCACAAGUCCAAAUGGAAAUACCAGUGUCAAUAAGACGGGAAAUACUGAAUUUUCUGAUUGUUUCCAUUGCAAUGCUAUGUUGGUUCAUAAAGACUUGCGUAAAUGGAAGAAAGCAAUAUCUACUCAAAUGGACUCUCCAGAAAAAGCCCUAGUUAGUGUAUCCAGUGAUAAAUCUACUAAUACCUGGGGCUAUGACCAGGAUCAUCUGACUUCAUUUGUACUAAGAGAAAGAGAUUUUAUCACAAGAGAUCUGCAAAGAUCUAAAGUGAGACCAUGUAAAAGAUUCAAAAGUCCUCUAAGGUCAUCAUCACCUGAACUUGAAGUAUCUGUAAAUACUGAGUUUCUAGUUUCACAGCAAGAGAGGCAUGAACAAGAGGAAAAUGGAACAUCAAUGGAAUCCAUUUCAACAAUACCUGAUAAACAAACUGAUUGUGCAUCUCUUUCAGAAACACAGGAAUAUAAGGAUCUGGAGGCAAUGGUUCUGCAUGCUGCUGAAGUAAAUGAGAGAGAGAACAUGGAAGAGAAUGUGACACAGCUGGUUGAAGCAGCCACAUACAAUGUAGACUGGUUUCUGAGGGAUGCUCUUGGUGAUGAAAUGGACAUCUCCAUUUGCACUGACAGUCAAGAUGGCCAAGUCAUAAAGCCAGAUUUUCCUGAGGAAUACUGUUCAUCUAACCAUGGAGAACCAUUAUUCCACACAGUUAGCAGUUACCGAAUGUUAACCAACCUCAAAAGACAGAAAAUAAGACCACAUUUAUCAUCAGUGAGAAUGUGCAUUGCUGAUGCACCUACAUCACCCACAGAAAAACAAGUGCAAGCUGCAGUGCAGUCACUACUUUCAAAGGCAGACAUACAUAUGUCAAUAAUUAUUCAAGCAAGCAAAGCACUUGUUGUUUGUGAGCAGUCAAAAGAGUUUAUAUCAUCACGUGAGAGAGUAGAGUGUGAAAGAAUCCUGCUCAUAUCAACACACAUACGAAAUGCUGCUUAUGGUGAAAUUCACCGUUUAAAAUUUGAAGAUUCUGAAGACACUCAUAUUUGUUUUGGAAAAGGAACUAUCUACAUAAGUGAUCUGGCACUAAAAGUAAAGGAAGAUUUUCAUAAAUCCACAUUACUUGACAUGGAAAUGAGAACAUGGUUUGUAUGUUUAAUGUCUCACAAUGGCAGAGUGCUCGCUACAGAAGCUGAAGCAUACACCAAAGAAGGACACAUUAGAUUCUCAGGAUGUUAUACAUUCACUGAAUUGCGGAAAGAUUUUACCAUAAGAGUUCAAGUUUAUUGUUUGAAACUGAGAAAACAGAUACCAGGAUGUCAGUCUAAACCUCUCUCAUUGAUGCCAAUGGCAGUUUUUGGGUGUCCAGUCACAUGUAAAAAAGCAAAGAAUAGUUGGAGGAAGGCUAGACCAGAUUUGCAUGAAAGAAUAAAAACUUCCUCAUUCACUCCAGCAGGAGAGCUUCAUUUGCGAGUUCAUGAUGUUCACUGCUCUAAGCCUUGGCCACUACGUAAGGUACCUCCUUCGUCACCUCUAGUUGGCACAAUUGAUUUGGAGCUCAAAACAUCACUUAAACUAAUGGCUGAAUAUUCAGGAUUUUUAAAUUUGUCUGAAGAAUUCUCAUUGCCUGGAUCAUGGCAGAGAUACUGGUUUUAUUUGAAAGAACAUAUGUUAUAUUAUUGGAAUUAUCCAUUAGAUAAAGAUAUAAAGGAACCCGUUGGGAAAAUUGAUCUUAGCAAAUGUUUGACAAAAACCAUUGGUUCAGUAAGCAGGAGUCAGUGUGCUCGACCAAGAACUUUCGUCAUAGAGACAAGUGCACAAGACACUAUAUCUACUGCCAUGAGGCACUUCCUGUCGGCAGAUACUGGUCUGGAAAUGAAUCAGUGGUGCAGUGUUUUGAACAAAGUUAUUAGAUCAAUGAGGGAGUGGAAUAUUAUCAAUUUUAACCUUUGACAAAAAGCUAACAAAUGGCAUAUUUGAAAAUUCACUUUUGCAGAAGACUGUAUCCUUUUCUACCAUUGUUAAAUGAGUAAUACUAAUAGUAUGUAAUUUUGGAUGCAAUUUGUUACUGUAAUAAAAGAAUUUUAAACCCAGCAUUGUACAAUAGUGCUCUGAGUUGUAAGUUAUUUUAAAAGACUGGUCUUUUAUAGAAGAAAUUAAAUUAAUUUUAUUAUCUACA